AUGAAGGAGGGGGUUGAAGCAGCAAGGCACGUGGAGGAUCACAGGAGGUGCUGCAAGAUAACGGACGCCACUCUUGAUGUGAUGAUAAGGGCAGCUGGAGAGGGUGGAGUUGUGGAGAGCGUGCAGGGCAAGAGUGGGAAAACCCAUGUGGCUCCCGGCCACGGAGCUAAAUCAAAACAGUUUUGGGGGGCCAGGAGCCCAUUAUCUCACGAUUCAGGUGUCGGAUGUAGCACAGUGGUCCUGGUGAUGAUUGUCUAUGCAGAGCGACCGCUAACUGAUAACAGCAGAUCUUUGGCCUCCUAUGGCUUGAAGGACGGUGACGUGGUGAUCUUGCGACAGAAGGAGAACGUAGAGCCGCGGCCUCCGAUCCACUUUCCAGGUCUGCCUAGGAUAGACUUCAGCAGCAUUGCGGUUCCUGGGACAUCCACGCAGCAGCGGCGGCCACCAGCACAGCCCCUCCGCCCGUCGCCUCCGGAUGCGCCUGCCUUCCCUCAGGGUUUGGACAAUCCAGCUUUGCUACGGGAGAUGCUGCUGGCAAAUCCCCACGAGCUGUCCCUGCUGAAGGAGCGUAAUCCGCCUCUAGCCGAGGCGCUCCUCAGCGGAGACCUUGAAAAGUUCACCAGGGUGUUGGUGGAGCAACAGCAGGACCGAGCCCGGCGGGAGCAAGAGAGGAUUCGACUCUACUCAGCUGACCCUUUCGAUCUUGAGGCGCAGGCCAAGAUAGAAGAAGACAUAAGGCAACAAAAUAUUGAAGAAAAUAUGACAAUAGCAAUGGAGGAGGCUCCUGAGAGUUUUGGCCAGGUGGUGAUGCUGUACAUCAACUGCAAAGUCAAUGGACACCCAGUAAAAGCCUUUGUGGACUCAGGUGCCCAGAUGACCAUUAUGAGCCAAUCUUGUGCUGAAAGGUGCAACAUCAUGAGGCUGGUAGAUCGGCGGUGGGCUGGCAUUGCGAAGGGUGUGGGGACACAGAAGAUCAUUGGCAGAGUGCACUUAGCUCAGGUUCAGAUUGAAGGGGAUUUCCUGGCAUGUUCCUUCUCCAUCCUUGAAGAGCAGCCAAUGGACAUGCUUCUAGGACUGGAUAUGCUUAAGAGACAUCAGUGCUCCAUUGAUCUCAAGAAGAACGUGCUGGUGAUCGGCACCACUGGCUCGCAGACCACGUUCCUCCCGGAGGGCGAGCUCCCGGAAUGCGCGCGGCUGGCUUACGGAGCUGGGCGGGAGGACAUGCGAUCGGAGGAGAUUGCUGACCAAGAGCUGGCAGAAGCAAUACAGAAGUCUGUAGAGGAAGCAGUUGCUGCUAGAUGGCACCAAGAAAACCAAGUCAAAGAACAGGAAACAAGAACAGAGGCAGAAACAGAGAGUGGAUAUAGUGCAGCGCCAAGAGACUCGGCUCCCCACAAGACCUGUGUUCUUUUAUAACAGCUUGAAUUUUUGCUGCUUUCUCAUAGAUGGUACAACAGAAAUAAUUGUGUACAUCACUAGGCUAUUAAAGUUCUCCUUU